AUGAAGCCCCCGAUAUUUUCUACGGGUUCUUCUCAUUCUGAUGAACCGCCCUCAAACUCCUCCGAAAUGCCGGCGUCAGUGCUGGAGCCGCUGCAGCCAGGAGCAGGCAAUCGCAGCAGCAGCAGCAAUCCCUUUGAAGAGUAUAGCGACUCUCAGGGCGCCCCCGGCUGUUCUGAGAGUACUUCUUCCGGGGCUCUGACGGCCUUUGCUGCAGCAGCAGACAGCCAGCAGGGUUCUGCUUCAGGGAGUGGUGGGGUGAGGGCUCCGGGCUCUACAGCAGCAGCAGCAGCUUCUUCUGUACUUUAUCCUGAAGGGCUUCCUAAGUUCUUUGGUUUAUUAAAGCCUACUAUUACCUUUGGAGUGGGGAGACUGACGCUGAGCAGAGGGAUGGAUUUCAUAGCCUAUUUUGUUGCUAUAUCUACUCUUUUGUCUUUCUUCGGUUUUGUCUUCGCCGUUAACUGGAUGCAAAAGAUUUGUCUUCCCGUAGCACGACUCUGGAACGCGAUAUUCUCCUGGCGUUCUGCAGCGAACUUCGACUUGAGGAGAUCAAAGGUUUUUUUGUUUUUGUUGGGGUGGCGGCUGCAGACAUUUACUUUUCUUACGGUCUUGAUGGUGCUGAGUUUAAUAUUAAAACCUCAGCUCAACGCGCAUGUGCAGGACAGCGUGCGCACCUGUGUGCUGCAGCAGCACAGCAGCGGCGGCAGCAGCAGCAACCUGCUGCCUGUUCGUCUUUCAAGCCUUUCUCUCUUCCCUACACUGCCGCUGCCGGAGUAUAAGACAGCUAAUAUACCUCCUCCGUCUGCAUCUCCUUCAGAAGGAGGUGUGCGUACACCGCAGAGUGCUGCAAAAGUGCAAGCAACAGCAGAUUCUGCUGCUGCUGCUGCACCUGAUAAUACAGCCCAGGAGCAGGGUGAGACGAAUAAGACGGAGCAGCUGCUCCAGGUGUCUGCGGAGACACCUGAAGCGAAGAAGAAUGACGGGGAAACGCAAGAUGAACAAACCACGCAGCAUUCAAACCAACCCGUAGAUGCAACACGGCAGCAGGAUCAGCGGCAGCAGCAGCAGCAGCCUGCUGCUGAUGCGGCUUCCCCCACUGCAGCGGUUUCCCCCGCUGCAACUGCUCCUCCUGCUGAAACAGAUUCUUCUGCUGCUGCAGCUCCGGUUGCUGCUGUUCCUUCAGCAGCAACAGCGUCUGCUGCUGCCGUUCCUGCAACAGCAGCAGACUUACCUGUAGCAGCACCAGCAGCUCCUGCUGCAGAAGAGGGGGCUGAAGGGCCGUCGGCAGCGACUGCUGGGGCAGCAGAAGGCAGAGAAGAUGCCAGCAGCAACGCUGCAGCAACGCAGCAGCAGGAAUCCGCUGCAGUAGCAGCAGCGCAGCAAGAGACAGCAGCAGCAACAGCAGCAGCGGCGGAAGGGUCCACGCCCUCGGAAGCAGCCACAGCAGCAGCACCAGCAUCAGCACCAGCAGCAACACCAGCAGCAACACCAGAAGCAGCAGCACCCCCACCAGCAGCAGAUGAGGAGUCUAUAGAGACAGCGAAGCAGCAUCAGCAGCAGCUUGCGGUUGAGGCAGCACAGGCGGCAGCAGUAAGGGAGACCGAUUUUGCAGUUGUAAUUAUGUUGGUCUCCGCUUCUGUUGCUCUUCUGUUUGAUUUAUAUUUAAUGUACGCAUGCUGGAGCUUUAAAGUCUGGAUGGAGAGAGGGUAUGAAGCCGUGGUGCUUGCAGGAGCCGCUCCAUUCGCACCUGUAGACGGAGGCACGGGUUGGUUGGCUUACGCAGUGCAACUGCCGCAGACUGUGCAGCUGGAGACCUAUCGAGGCGAAGGGGAGGGGUCUCGCCGUCUGCCUCUGUUUGUACAAACAACAGAUUCUGAGUCUUUCUCUAAUGUGCGGCUUCCUAUGGUUGGGCGUUGGUAA